AUGGGCGCCGCCGUUGCAGGGUGGACCGUGGCGGCGGUGCUGCUUCAGGUCGCCGGCCUCUCCCUCUUCCUCUACGGGUUCUUCCCCGUGAAGCCCACGCUGCGUAGCUUCAGUGGAGCCGAGAGUUACCAGGUGCCUUCGUGCGGCUUCGUUAGUGCUGGGGAGCAGGAGCCGACGCUUCACCCGGAUCAGCUCAGAUCUCUGUACAGGGAACUCUCUGGGAUCCCUCCUGUGUACGAUCGCUUAGUGUUGAUGGUAAUCGAUGGACUACCUACUGAAUUUGUACUUGGGAGAGGCAGGAAACCUCCAAGCAAAGAAAUGAUGGAGUCUAUGCCAUACACUCAGUCUUUGUUGGCUGGUUGCAAAGCAGCACCUUACCAUGCCAAGGCUGCACCUCCCACCAUCACAAUGCCCCGACUAAAAGUUGUGGUUAGCGAUCAUGGCAUGACUGAAGGGGGUAAUCAUGGAGGAUCUUCAUAUGAAGAAACUGAUUCAUUUGCGCUUUUUAUAGGACACAGUGUUGAGAGCCCAUAUCGUUCGCCCUAUGACCAGAAUGAAGCACUUCAAGUGGAUCUUGCCCCAACUCUUGCUCUUCUACUUGGUAUUCCAAUUCCGAAGAAUAAUUUUGGUGUUGUGCUUCCAGAGCUUUUAAACUCGUUGACAGAUGACCAGAAACUAAGGAUGUUAGAGCUUAACUCAUGGCAAAUCUUAAGAUUGCUGCAAGCACAAGUACCUGCCUUCUGCCUUGAAGAUUGUAUUAAUUCGGAGGGCAGCAUUGUACUUGACAUCCUUCAUGAAUCUAUUGAGAAAAAAUUGUGCCAUUUACUUUCUAAAGCCUUUUCUUCUCAUCAAUCCUCACGUCUUCAUCGAGGUUCUGAUUUCAAGUCUGUUAAAGCUGGGUACUAUGGGACUGCUGCAGAUAACUACUACGGCUUCUUAAGAUAUGCGAGUGAGUGGUUGUCUCACAGAGCAACCGAUGCACGGUCUCUAAGUCAAGUUGAUCACCAUUCAGAGUCAUAUUUGGAUCAACGCUGGCACCUUGAUGAGGUUCUUGUUCUUGCUGGGAUGUUUCUCUAUGUCAUCAGUCUUGGUUCAAGUUCUUUUGUGGAAGAAGAGCAGUAUACAUGGCACUUUCUCACUUCUACUCUGUAUUUAAUAUUUCUGACCAAGGCAGUCCAGUCAAUGCUGAAAGGAUCAAAUCCAACACUUGGUCAUAAAGCAGAAGAAAAGAGCUUUGACAAAAGUGGGAUCAACUGGGUUCACUUUCCUGAUAUUUCAAAGUUACUGGCGCAAGCUGACUCUUCUGUUGUAAAGUCUCUUCAGAUUAUCUCAGUUCUUGCAGUUGUGGUAUUGUUUUCAGUUUCACUCACUUUACUCAGAGCAAGACCAAAGUUUGUUAUAGGAGUAUGGUUGACCCACAUUUCUUGUGGAUUUUUGGUUCUGCUGCAUAUCUGGGCAAAUCAGAUCAGUACUUCAUUACCAAUUAACCAUAGCACAGCAUCAAUAGCUCGACAGUUUUAUGUCAUUGCUAGUGUUUCAAUAUCUGCCACUGUUCUUGCUUCACCUUGGGUAUUUCCAAUGUUUUCCGCAGAAGCAGAAUCAGCAUCCUCUGGUUCUAGUCCUGUAAAGGCUAUACAUGGCAUCAGAAAUUCACUUUUUCUCACUGGAAUAACAUACACAGCAUUCUGGGGCCUUCUGCAAUUGCUUCUUCAACAACCAAUCAAUGCAAUUCCUCUUUUCCUCAUUUUCUUGCAAACAGUCUCGAGUGUAGUUCAUUUUUCUCUGGAUAAAACAUUACAUAAACAAUGGGUACAGGUUGUGGCAAUGCAUUUCUUGGGAAUGGCUGGUCACUUUGGUCUUGGGAAUACAAAUAGCCUUGCCAGCAUUGAUGUUGCUGGAGCUUUCAUUGGCAUUUCAAGUUACUCCACAGUUCUGGUAUACUGA